CCCAAAAAGUUUGAUCAAUACGUUAAUCAACCAAACUAGAUAAAAUGCUACUGUUAAAUAAUAUUCCAGAAUUAAAUAAACUUCAGCAGCUAGAAUGCACUUUAGAGAAAAGUAUCGAAAGUUUCAUAUCAACUUGCAGUAAAACCAUGCCGGAGUUUGAGAGUGACCUUUCCGGAAUUUACCAAGCAACUCAAGACUCAUGUAACCAGGAAAUCAGCCGUGUAAGCCAAAAUAUCCAGACAAUUGCCAAAUCCUUGAAAUCAAAAGCGGAUUUAUUAAAGGAUAAGAAAAUGAGCGAAAUUAAUGACUUUGAAAAAUUCAAAGCGGAAAUGGUGCUUAUUCAAGAAAACAUUAUGAACUUGAAGCGAACAUCCAAACUGGAGCUGAACAGGCUGAAACAGUUGGAAAUUGAAAUGGCUGAUGAGUUGGAAUCCUACUACAAUGUAAAGCUUCCUGAAUGGAGUGAACGUUUCCAUAUUUCCAAUCUAGAUUUAAUCCCGGCUCGAAUAAAGAACAAACAGUGGUCAGGGCAACCCAACAAGGACGUGAAAGAGUACUUCGAUUUUGUGCAUCAAAGUGGCGGCCACGAAAAUGGCUGGCGGAAGGAAGACCACCUUUUAUUCCUAAAGUUAAGAAAAAAGUUCACUAAACUGGCAGACUUAGCUGCGAACUUGCAUGAAAUAUUGCCAGACAUUUCGUUGGAAGAAAUAACGCAACACAAUGACUGGUACACAAAAUACCUGCAAUUGCAGUCCAAGAAAAAGAAAGCGAUCCACAAGUGGAAACUCAAUAAAACCAGUAGCAAAAUAACGGAAAACCAUGAAAGUCCUACAAUCACUCCGCUCAUGAAAGAAGAUGCGUCGGCGUUUAGGGAGAAACUGAUGCAAUGGAAGGCAGAGAAAGAAGAGAAAAUGCUAAUCGAUCAGGAGCUGGAAAAACUGAAACUCCAGGAAAUCAUUGAGAGGGAAAGAGCGAAAAAGCACAGACAUAUCGAAAUGAAAAAACUGGUCAAUGAAUGGCGAGAAUCAAAAAUGAUAUUCGAGCAAUCGCAAAAGCAGCAACAGAGAAUCUUGGAGGAACUGGAAAAAAAGAAGAGAGGCGCCAAUGCAAAUAAACUGAUAAAGCAAUUCCAGUCAAUGGACGAGCUUCAUAUAAUGAAGAUGCGGCAAAUUCACAAAAAAAUCACCAAUGAUCCGAAAAAACGAGUCCAGUCUGGCCCGUCGGUUUCCAGAGAUCCAAACCGUGUAGCGCAGCCAACAAUCCAAUGGGCGCAAAGAGUUCGAGCUGCUAAAGAACCGUUCAAAGGGCCUUUGCCGAUUUUCGACAUGCCCAAACUCGCUAUUCCGGAAUGGAGGAAAACCAUUACGUAAAUCUACCUGGGGCUCAAAGGGCUAUAAAUGUACAAUUUAAACUAUACAGUCAUUAACCAACUGUGGUGUUUAUUGAGAUUGUAUCAAAAAAUAUAUUUAGGUAUCCUA